AUGCGGCUGCUUGUUCUGUUAGCGCUGCUCGAAUUUGCCAUAGGAGCACCAAGGGAAAAGCGUCAAACACCAACUGAACUUUCUAACAUUCCACAAGCACUCAGCAAUGCACCUCCUGGCGAACAUUUCUUAAGACAUGCUCUAUUUAUUCCUCGUGGACUAGAGCCUCAGGGCUUUGAUCCCACGAAACCCAUCCAAGGUGCGUACUUCAUUGGUGGUGACCAACAGUUCAAUAUACCACCGCAGUUCCGUAUUCCUCAACGACAACUGCCACCAUCGUCGUCCCCACAGCCACUCCCAGUAGAUCCAAAUCUUCCACCUGUUGAUAAAAGCGUAGAUCUAGACGGUGAUGGGCGCCUUAGCCUUCCUGAGGUACAAUAUGCAGCCUUUGUGCACCAUGGCCUAUCGAGCAAUGUAGUAAAAGGAAUGUUCAACGAGGUCGAUAGCAACAAGGACGGGUACUUAAAUUCGUUUGAAUUCAAUGAUAUCCGCGCUAUGGUGUUAGCAAAAGCCGAGAAUGCUGCUAUGCGGUACAUGCAGAGCGUAGAUACUGACAAGAACAAGAUGCUUUCAUUGGAAGAAGCUCAAGCAUAUAUUCUCAGGGAACAUGGAAUAGGAUCACGAGAUGUUGAGCGCGUUUGGAAACUGGUGCUUCCGGAUACCACCGCUGAGAUGGACGCCGUCCAAUUUAGCAAACUGAGACGUAGAAUUCGUGGAAUGACCAUAAGAUUAGCCAGACAGAUUAUGAAGAUUGCUGACACAAACGCCGAUGGUCAUAUCUCUUUAGAUGAAGCACAGGCUAUAGCUUUUGAACAAGAAGGAAUCGGAGCAGGCGAUGUUGCACAAAUGUUCGCCAGUGUCGAUGAUAACAACGAUGGUGAACUGAAUGCACCAGAAUUUGCCGACUUUGAGCGAAUUGUACGCGCAAGGGCUGUCGAAACAAGCAAAAAGGCACUCAGGGUAGUGGAUACUGAUGCUAGCAACACUCUUACGAUGGACGAGGCCAAGAGAAUUGCUUUCGAACAUUACGGAUUUGAUGAAAAUGUACUCACACCAUUCUUCGAUCAAGCUGAUGAAAAUGAGGAUGGCCAUUUAGAUGCCGUAGAAUUUGCAGGAUUCCGCUCUGUUAUACGUAGUAAAGCUGUUAGAAAUGCUGUUCAAGUGUUGAAGGAAAUUGAUACGGAUAAUGACGGCCUUAUCAGUCUGGCUGAAGCUCAAGAGAAGACGAAGCGUGAAGAUGAUAUGGAGCCACAUGAGACUGUCACGCUAUUCAACAUCGCCGAUCAGAACAAAAGCGGCAAACUUGACAAGGUGGAAUUGGCAGAUUUCAUUCGUCUCGUGCGCCUCAGUGCAAUUCGCUUCGCUACGGAUCAUUUUAAGGAGUUUGAUUCGAAUCGCGAUCGUCUCGUUACUGUUGAUGAGUUGGCGCACUUGAUUGAAGCAAAGUAUCACGUACCUUUUGACGUGACCAAAGAGUUUUUCAACAAGGUUGACGUCGAUGCCUCGGGUGACCUUAUUCCAGCCGAAAUUGUCGAUUUUCGCCAUGAGAUUCGCAAGUAUGUCGCCCAGCAUCCGUUACCAGUUUCACCUGAAGAGGAAGUGACUACAUCUAAGCAAGAGUCGCCAAAGCAGACAAAUCGUAGACAAUUGGCGAAAAAUAUAGAAGACAUUGUCCUCACCACCACUCCUGCACCUCCUCCACCUACUACUUCCACCAUCACCACCACCACCAUUACCACCACCGCCACAACCACCACCACUACUCAGAGCACUACACCACGUAGUACAACAAGGAGACGCACCACAAGACGGCAAACAACAACUACCUCUGAAGCUCCGUCCACUCCUGCUGAGAUUUUCACUCAGACGAACGGCGUAGACGAGUUUGCGACAGAUCCACUUGGUUUAGAAGCAAAGCCACAACUCGAAGUCGCAUUCAAUGAUGAGAAUGAAAUUGACAGGCCAUCUACUACUAAAGCGACGCGGGUGUGGAAACCUCGAAACUUUUCAAACACUCACUCCACUGUCGAAUUGACAUCUACAUCUACAGCGGUUGCUGAGACUCAAUUCACACAUGACCCGAAUGUCGAGCGAACGACAACUAGUAGAUCUAUCCCAACUACUGCAGCAGAACGUGAAUUUGAGCCUACAACCGCUAGACCCACAAAAGCAACAAAGCAUCGAUGGACAGCUCCCCCCACUACUACAACCGAGGAACCCAGUACUGCAAUAGUUUUUACUACAACAGAGCUUGAAAGAAAUAUAGCUAGCACAACGGAAAGAACAACUACCCAUAAGAGGCAUGCUACAGCCCGAACCCGAACAACAAAGUCAAAUCCUAGAGUUACAACAACAGUUGCGCCAACCUCUGUACCCACUGAAGAGUUCGAGUAUGAAAUUGUGGAAGUAGAAGUAGAUGAAAAUGGUAAUGAGAUCUUGAGCGAAAAACCAGAAAGUGCGGACACAUCCGCAAAAGUUUUGGGAGCAGAUGAAACAAAGGAAAAGGGGGAAAAAAGAAGUGGCAGACAUCAGAACGCAAGCCAAAAGAAACCAGUAACAUCAGAAACGCAAAUAUUAGAUGAAGUUAGCUCAAAAGAGGAAAGACGGAGGCUUGUUCAAGAGCAAAAACGUGCACUCAAUUUACCACCUGACACGGAAGUUGAGUAUGUCGAUGGAGAUGCAACCAAGAAGCCUGGAGACGAUUAUGACGAUACGGAAGCGGAAUCUGCAGAAAAAGAACAUCAAUGACACAAAUGUCACCAACACAUAAGACUUCGAUUGUUUUUAUCAGAUUUACCUCAUAUCAGUGUUAUAUCAUUCAGCAUGUUUCAACUUGCUGUGCCUUUACUGUUCUUUCACAUUCCUUACCUUUGAUAAUCAU